AUGAUUGAUCCUCUUGGGAAGGUAAAGGCAGAGCCAUAGAUUCUUCACAUGUCUUGUCUCCACCAGAUUUUGUUUCUGCCGACCUUCCCCAACAUUACAAAACUUUUCACCAAACUCUCCUUCAUUCUCCAUUCCGCCAUGGAAGAACUCACCUCAAAUUUCCUCUUCACCGUCUUCGCCGCUCUUCUAAUUUUCCUCUAUCUAAAACUCAGGCACCGGCACAUGCCGCUUCCACCGGGUCCUUGGGGCAUUCCACUCCUCGGAAACCUCCCUUUUCUCGACCCCGAACUUCACACCUACUUCACCAAAUUGGGAGAAAGAUAUGGUCCAAUACUAAAGCUCCAACUUGGCAACAAAGUAGGUAUAAUAGUAAAUUCACCGUGGAUAGCACGUGAAGUUUUGAAAGACCACGAUGUCACCUUUGCCAAUCGCGAUGUUCCACAUGCGGGUAAAGCUGCCACAUAUGGUGGUUCCGACAUAGUUUGGACCCCGUAUGGACCCGAGUGGCGAAUGUUAAGAAAAGUUUGUGUGUUGAAGAUGCUAAGCAACGCGACUUUGGACUCUGUCUAUGAGCUCCGCCGUAGAGAGGUGAGAAACACGAUAGCUCACUUGUACCGACGAGCUGGAUCGGUGGUGAACGUGGGCGAACAAGGGUUUUUGACGGUUUUCAACGUGGUUACGAGCAUGUUGUGGGGUGGGUCAGUAGAAGGGGAGCAGAGAGACGGUCUUGCGGCAGAGUUUCGAGAGACGGUUUCGGACAUGACUGAGCUGUUGGGUAAGCCUAAUGUUUCGGAUUUUUUUCCAAGUUUGGCCCGAUUCGACCUCCAAGGCAUUGAGAAGAAGAUGCGUGAGCUUGCUCCGAGAUUUGAUAGGAUUUUCGAGAAAAUGAUAGAUCAACGAUUGAAAAUUGUUGGUGAAGAUGACAGUAGGAGUGUUAAGAAGAAUGAUUUCUUGCAAUUCUUACUUGAGGUGAAAGAAGAUGGAGAAUCCAAGACUCCUCUCACCAUGACCCACCUCAAAGCCUUGCUCAUGGAUAUGGUGAUCGGCGGGACAGAUACAUCGUCAAAUACUAUAGAGUUUGCGAUGGCAGAAAUGAUAAAGAAUCCAGAAACUCUAAAGAAAGCACAGGAAGAACUCGCCGUCGUUGUUGGAGAAGACAAUAUUGUGGAAGAGUUCCACAUUCAUAGUUUGCCAUAUCUCAAAGCCGUAAUGAAAGAAACUUUGCGUUUACACCCUAUCCUACCUCUACUUGUGCCGCACUGCCCAAGCGAGACCACCAUUGUCGCCAAUUACACAAUCCCAAAGGGCUCUCGAGUGUUCAUCAACGUUUGGGCCAUUCAACGACACCCCAACCAAUGGGAAAAUCCACUAGAGUUCAACCCAGAAAGGUUCUUGAAUGGAAAAUUCGAUUUCAGUGGAAGUGAUUUUCGUUACUUCCCAUUUGGGUCCGGCAGAAGAAACUGUGCAGGGAUAGCUAUGGCGGAAAGAAUGGUACUGUAUUUGCUUGCUACACUUUUGCAUUCUUUUGAUUGGAAAUUAGAAGAUGGUGAGAAAAUGGAAGUUGAGGAGAAAUUUGGAAUUGUUUUGAAGAUGAAGAGGCCUCUUAUUCUCAUCCCAACGCCAAGGCUAUCUCAUUUCACUCUGUAUCAGUAACUAAUUUUGGUGGUUUCUACAUCUGCCAUUGUUGUUCCUUUCAAAGCUAAGUUGUAAAAUUAAAAUCAUGAAGGGGAGUGAGAAAUCGAAAAAAUGGCCUAAUGUUUUUAGAAUAAAGCUUCUACUUUCAAUGACACUAUAACCUAUGUUGCUAAAAUUUAUUAAUAUUUAGUGGAGUCGUUUACGGUUGCAAAAACUU